UCGCGUUGGUCUUUGUGAAAUUCAAUUUGGACCACAUCGUCAGUGCAAGAGCCACAACAGCAGCCCAGACGACAGCAAUAAAUAAGAAGGAGAAAAUAGCAAAAAUAAAACCUAAAAGUCCCAACAGCAGCAGGAUCAACCACAGGAACAGGAGUCUCAGGCAACGGUCCGAGAAAUUGCCAUCGAUAGAGGACGGAAGUAGAGCCGGAGCCUGAGCCGUAGCCGAAGCGGAACAACUGGAGCCUGUCUAGUGACAACCCCCCGGACUAAGGACUUGACAAUGCGCUUCAUUAAUUUGGCUGGCAGCCGCAGAGCAGCAGACCCGCUGUCUAAGGACCAGGCACACGAACAGGAACCGGAACAGGGAUUCGCGUCAGCUGCAGCAACAUUGCAUUGAGUGGGGGACACAGACGUAGCCGUAGCCGUAGCCGUAGCCAUGGUGGAGGAUAACGAGGAUGGGCUGUCGCAGCUGCCGCUGCCGGAAGCGGAAGCUGAAGCCGAAGGAGCCGCCGCCUCGGCCCUCGUCGAGCCCCUGCUGGCCCUGCUACGCGGCGACUUUCUCAAUAAGACGCAGACACAGACACAGACCCGAGCCCCAGCCAGCUUCUACAGCAGCUACAACAUAUCGGAGGACGUCUACUUCUACUUCAACGGUCUGAGUGCGAUGCCCACGAGCACGGAGCUGGCCCUCAACGGCAGUGGGGCCACCACAACUAUGGGGCCGCUCAGCAGCACCAUCAGCAGCAGCAGCACCACCCCCGAGCCGGAUCUCUCCGAGUUCCUGGAGGCGUUGCCCAACGAUCGCGUGGGCCUGCUGGCCUUCCUCUUUCUGUUCUCGUUCGCCACCGUUUUUGGCAAUUCCCUGGUCAUUCUGGCCGUCAUCCGAGAGCGGUAUCUGCACACGGCCACCAACUACUUCAUCACCAGCCUGGCCGUCGCCGAUUGCCUGGUGGGCCUGGUGGUCAUGCCCUUCUCGGCCCUGUACGAGGUGCUGGAGAACACGUGGUUCUUUGGCACCGACUGGUGCGACAUCUGGCGCUCCCUGGACGUCCUCUUCAGCACCGCCUCGAUCCUGAAUCUGUGCGUGAUAUCGCUCGACCGCUACUGGGCCAUCACCGAUCCCUUCAGCUAUCCCAUGCGGAUGACUGUGAAGCGAGCCGCCGGCCUGAUAGCCGCCGUCUGGAUCUGCUCGAGUGCCAUCAGCUUUCCGGCCAUCGUCUGGUGGCGGGCGGCGCGUGACGGCGAGAUGCCCGCCUACAAGUGCACCUUCACCGAGCACCUGGGCUACUUGGUCUUCUCCUCGACGAUCUCCUUCUACCUGCCGCUGCUGGUGAUGGUCUUCACCUACUGCCGGAUCUACCGGGCGGCGGUGAUUCAGACGCGCUCCCUCAAGAUCGGCACCAAGCAGGUGCUGAUGGCCUCCGGGGAGCUGCAGCUCACGUUGCGCAUCCAUCGCGGCGGCACCACCAGGGAUCAGGCCAACCAGGUGUCGGGUGGGGGCGGCGGUGGUGGUGGCGGUGGCGGUGGCGGAGGCGGAUCCCUGAGCCACUCGCACUCGCAUUCGCACCACCAUCACCACAACCAUGGCGGUGGCACCACCACAUCCACGCCCGAGGAGCCCGACGACGAGCCGCUAUCGGCGCUGCACAACAACGGACUGGCCCGCCACCGGCACAUGGGCAAGAACUUCUCGCUCUCCCGGAAGCUGGCCAAGUUCGCCAAGGAGAAGAAGGCGGCCAAGACGCUGGGCAUCGUGAUGGGCGUGUUCAUCGUGUGCUGGCUGCCGUUCUUCGUGGUCAACCUGUUGUCCGGAUUCUGCAUGGAGUGCAUCGAGCACGAGGAGAUUGUGUCGGCGAUUGUCACCUGGCUGGGCUGGAUCAACUCGUGCAUGAAUCCCGUCAUUUACGCCUGCUGGAGCAGGGACUUUCGCAGGGCCUUUGUGCGUCUGCUGUGCAUGUGCUGUCCCCGCAAGAUCCGCCGGAAGUAUCAGCCCACAAUGCGGUCCAAGUCGCAGUGCCACGUGGCCGCUGCAAUGGUGGCAGCCUCGACCUCCUUCGGCUACCACUCGGUGAACCAGCUGGACCGCACGCUCAUGUGACGUCAGCUGAGCAGUUGCAGCACCUGCAGCGGUGGCAGCAACUGCGGCGGCGGCGGCGGCGGAGGCGCCAACGUCGGCGGAGUGGGAGGCGGCUCCCGCAGUGGCCAUCACCACCAUCACUCCUCGGGCACGGCCACGCCCUCCUCCUCGCAGCGAUCGUGCACCCGCUGCCAGAGCUUCCAUCGUCACCACCACCGGGACCGGCGCCGCAGCUCCGGGAUGAAGCAUCGCGGGGACUUCAACUCCACGUCGGCGGUGAACAGUGCGGCCAAGACGAUAGUGACGAUCACCGCACCGCCGGCGGCAGCGGCCUCUGCCAGCUCGUUGCACCUGGGCGGCGGUGCACGGCCCUCGUCGGUCUCCACUUUGACCAUAGCCUCGGUGCCGGCCACUCUGCUGCUGGAGCCGGCUCUCGGCCUCGGAGGCGGGGGCGGGGGGUCGGUGAGUGCGGCCAACACACCUGUGGCACCCAGCCUGAAGCACUCCAGCCUGGCGCUGACGCCGGGCAGCAUGGGGCCGUCGAACUCCUCGGGUCACCACGUAUCCUUCAUGCCCAUGGCGGGCAUGAGGCGUCUGCGCAGCUCCAACUCCUCGCUGAGCUCGCCCACGACCCCAGCUCUUGGCGGUGUGGACACCAUCUCGGCCAUCUCGCUCACUGAUGCCGCCGAGGAGCACCGCGAGCACCACCACCACCACCACAGAGUCCUGGAGCAGCGCCAGAGUGUGCAGAGCCAGAUCACGACACUGGGCGAUGUGGACGAUGAAGGGGACAGCGACAGUGACAGUGAGAGCAUCGGACUGGCCCUGGUGCAGACGACACCGCAACUGGAAUGCCGGCCGGAGACGGAGGCGGCCUCCAGUUCCUCCAGCUCCUCGGUCAAGUAAACUCAGCCAGAGAGCCAGAGCCACGGAAUUUGAUUGGGACCCCAGUCAGCAGCAUACUAGCCCUAAGAUCUCUCCAUUGAUGUGUGUAUAUACUCGUACUAUAGCGAUCUAGCCUUCGCCUAGUCUCUCAUUAGCUUAUCGAUUGGUGAUAGAACA